AGCUGUUUCUAGUUUGUAGUCUGAAAUAUAGUACGACAGCGAAACUGAAAUUUUUAGAAUAAAUAUAGGCUCCUAAAUAUAAUUAAUUUCAAAAUGUCAAUUAUUUUAGUUUUCCUCAUUUCAGUUUUAUUUAUGCCAGUAUGUGCAAAAGUUGUUGCAAGUUAUGUCUUGCCUCAUGGAGGCAUUGCACUCGAUCCUACUCAUUUUAAUUCUACAAAUGCGACAGCAAAACAGCAAGCAUGGGAGAUACAUAAAGCUUGUGAAUUAGUUGGAGUUGAAAUUACCAUGCUGAAACCCGACGUUGUGUUGCUAAGUACUCCACAUGGUAUAUCAGACCUUAAAAAUUUUGUCCUUUAUCUAAAUCCUAAAGCUGAAG